CGGGAAACAGUGGCACUCAAUCCUUCUCUCGACCAUGUCUGCUUUCCUCGCGCAGCUGGGUGUGCGGUGCCACCCCUCGGAAGGCUUUCUAUCUCGUAGGACAUGGCAGAGCUGCCGCCAGUUCCACGGCAGUCAGGUCGUGCUCGCGCGGCGAGACAAGAAGAAAGUCGUUGCUCCGACCAAGGCGCAGCUGGCCGCAAAGGCGCGGAAAAAGGCUCUGAAAGCCAAGAAGAGCAUCUAUGCCUCGGAGAAGAUGACGCUGGAAGAUGCCGUCAACGUGCUACGGGCUGUUGAGGUCGCCGCGCCGAACUCCACGUAUGAACUUGUGGUAAAGACCCUCCUGGUAAAGGGUACGACUAUUCCCAAGGGCCGUUACAGCCUUCCGAGAGAGACGAAGAACUCCACUCAGGAUCGCAUCCUGGUGUUCGCGGAAGGCAAGGCGGCAGAUGAGGCGAGGAGGGCGGGUGUAGACAUUGUCGGUGGCCCGGAGCUCGUUGACGGUGUCAUCAGCGGUCGGCAUCAAGCUACGAUGUUCCUGUGUACUCCGGACCUCAUUCGUGCAAUAACGCCGAAGCUUGGGCGUAUACUUGGUCCUCGAGGUCUUAUGCCCUCGGAACGUAGGGGAACCGUCACCGCCAACAUUUCUGGAUUCAUCCGCAAACUGAAGGGUACCAGUGAGUGGAAAGGCGACAAGGCCGGGACAAUCAGGGCACCCAUUGCGAAGAUGCACUUCCCUAUUCCUGACGUCGUCAAAAAUAUUCGUUACUUCUUGGGCGUGGUCAAGGAGGCGACGGGCAACCUGGUAGACUCUGAAGCUUCUUCGAAGAAGGAUGCGAACAAGAAGCCUGCGACCGCUAUCACACGAGUCGUUCUAAGCUCCCGACAGGGUCCUGGUAUAGAAAUCUCUGAUGCAUAGAUUACUACUACAUAAUCGGUAUCCGGUGAAUUCGUUUGUACCUCUUUGGUCGCCUUAACACUUGCUCCUGAAGCCUGCCAAUCGUCUUGUGACAUCUGCAACAUCUGCAUUCUCUGCAUCGCCCAGGUAUACCGUAUGUCAGGACGCGCUCGAUGCGGCGAUGCUCUCCUAAAUGCCAUCUUCGCCGAGACUGAAUUUGAUAGGAACAUAUCCUCCGCUGCUAUGCGUAAUUUUUCCUGCGU